AUGGCCCUUUCCAUAAACUCUGCAGUGCUAGAGUAUGCCCGGUUUCAUGGAAUAGCAAGUAGCUAUACAGACGUGGAUCCCCUCGAGCAUCUACAAGAGAGCUGUGUCGCAAUUCCUGAUCUUCUCUCAAACUCCCUUUCCCAGUUCCGAGACCACCUUGACAAGGUGCACACAUCUCUCGAACAAAGCCUCCAUCAUGAGAAGCUAGACCUUAAGAAAGAAAGCGCACUUUUCCUUGCAUCCGCUCUUCGAAGGACCGAACCCACCGACAUCGAAAGUCACUGGGAGAGUAUCCUGCCGUCAUGGGAUCGUUACGAUAAGCUGAAAGUGGAGACACCAAUCUUUACCAAUGAUGAGGAAAAAGGUCUACCUGUUUGUGCAAGGCCUGUCUGUUACGGUCUCAACGAUUUCCAUCUCAGUCCAUUGGAGGACGAAAUCAGCGAUCGCGAUGUGGUUUUAGCGAGGGGCUUGGUACAUGGGAUAGACACCUCCGGUGAGAACAUCCGAGAGGAGAAGCUUGACUGUUCGAAGGGUGCAUUGCGUAUGAUACAGGAGGCUCGAAAGAGCUUUGAUCUUCGCUUUGAGGACCUCGAGGAUUUAUUG